UGUACGUGCCUUGUGAGGAAGGGUGACAUGCCUUGGAUUAUGGGAUUAAUAUUUAGACAGCUGUUUUAGUUACACUGGAUUGCUGGACAGUGCCAAGGAGUUCCUGAACACCUUACCCUGGGUAUAGACAUGUGCUUUUUUUGUUCCUUAUGUCCUAGUAGCAGAGAAAGUGAGAAGGAGGAGGGAGGAUCCAUGUCUUUCUGUUAAGACUUGUUUGGGAAUUUGAGGAGGGAGGAGGGGAAGGAACUCUGAGAGAGUGGACUGCAGAGAAAAGCUUCUGUCAGUGGUGUAAACAUUUGAAGCGUAUGUUUUAGAAGAACAAAAUGAGUUAAGAAAGACGUAGGUCAAUCAAGAUUAUCAGCAGAACAUUUAUCUGGCUCUUUACACUGAUCCACUCAGUGAGCACGCGCAGGUAUGUGGAACAUUUGUGUGUUGUGCAAUUCCUGUUAGCUCUUCGGCAAAGAGAGGGAGAGUUGGAGAAGGAAAACGCAGUCCUCUCCAAAGACACUGCUCAGGUUGUCUAAAUUAUGUUGCCAUGGGAACCAAACGCACAAAUCGGACCAUCGAGGAUUCUUUACAACUGCCACGCAGCCCAGCUACUCCUGACAGGGGCAAUCAAUCAAAUGAGUGGAUAAGUCGUGAGACCAGACCUCAAGCUGGUCCAAAAAUCCAAGUUGAACGAGAAAGGGGAGGGGAGGAGUGGAGAGCUAGAGAGAUGGACAGAGUAUGGGACAGACCAAGAGAGGGAAGGAGGGAUGUGGAGCAAGACCUGAGAGAAAGGGAGAGAUAUUCUCAAUCCAAAGGUACAACAAGUGAGAUGGACUUGAGAGAAAGGGAUCGGCGAAGAGAAGAAGGCAGAUAUACAAAUGGAAGAGAUGCCUCCAUGCAAAAGUAUAACAGAUACAGAGAAAGAGAGCAGGGAGACACUUUCCCUAGGGCUAGAAGGCAAAAUAAUGAAAGAGAAAACAUAAAGAGAUAUUCUGUUGAUCAGAGUAGUGAGACAUUGAUGGCGAGAGGUACUGAAAGGGUGAGGGAAGUAAACCUGAUUGAAAUUGAAAGAGAGAGAGAAAGAGAACGAGCCAAAAAGAAGGACAAAGAUACCCAAAGAUACAGAGAAAUGGAAAGGCAGAGAGAGAAUGAAAGAGGAAGAUUGAAAGAAGAGAUAAGAAGAAACACAGGAAGAAGAUUAGAGGAGGAGGAUUUAGACAGAAUAAGGUGGGAGACCAAUAUGAGGGAGAGAAGAGGAGAGAGAUACACAGCGGUCAGUGACAGUGACCAACAAAUAAUAAGAAGUCGAGAAAAAGACAGACCCAGAAACAGAGAAGAACGGUUUUAUUCUCCACAAACAAGGAAAACUGCAGUGGGGGAUCGAGGAAACUUUUCAGACAGAGAAGACAGAGAUGAAAGAAGUAGGGCAGAGCGUUAUGGGAGACAAAGAGACAUAAGGAGUGAGGGUGAUUUAGAUGGGGAAAAAGAUAGAGGGGUAACAAGGGAGGAGGAUGCUCUCUCUCUUAGACGUGGUGGUAAGAGUGAGGUAGACAUUGAAAAGGAAAGAAAUAGGCACAGAUUAAAAGAAAAAGAGCGGCGCAGAGAGGUGGAAAGGCAGAAGGAAAGGGACAGAAGAAAGGAUGGAUACAGAGAGAGAGAUGGCAUGAGGGAUAGAAAUUGGGCUAGAGAGGAUAGGGGACCUCCUGAUAGACAGAGGGAUCAUCCAAGGGGAAAUGAAGAUAGAAGAAGAGAGAAAGAAUUUAAUGAAAGAAUGAGAAUAGAGUCUGAGAGAAAGAGAGCAGAAAGACAGAGACAAAGUUAUAACGAGGAGGAAAUGACAGGAAGAAGUAGCCGAACACCGAGGGAGACAGACAGGAAGAUUCAGGAGGAAGCCCAAAGCAGCAGAGAGUGGACGCCAGGAAGUGAUGAACAUCAAAGGAGAAGACCUAUAGAAAGCUUUGAAGAGAACUACAGAAAAUGUGGUCCUGAGAGUGAAGACGAGAAAAGGAAAAGUGACCAAGGACAGGAUACAACUUGGGGGCUAAGGAAAGAAGUGGUAAGAGAAGGCACAGAAAAAGAGGAAAUGGAGCUGGGGAGUGAGAGAGAAAGAGAGCAAAAAUCUGAGAACAAAAAGAAACCGCACAGGAAAAUGUGGUUAGAGCCUCGAUCAGGAAGAGAAAGGGGAGAGUCAUUACAGGAAGAGUUUAAAGAGAGAGAGCAAGCCAGGGAAAGAUAUGUACAAAGGUACAAAGAGCAAAAGUCAUCAAGAGGUGAAGUAGAAGAAAUGUCCACGGAAAGUAAAAAUGGAAAAGUAACAAUAUUGCUGAAAGACAGGUGCGAGGAACUAGAACCUAGCCCUGCAGAGUUUAUGAAGGAUGUUGAUACUGGGAAUUUGAAAGAAAUAAUACUAAGUGAUGAGAUGGUUUUUGAUAGUGAAGCAUUGUCAGGUGUACCCUUGCAGAUGGAGGUAGAAAAUGUGGCUGAGGACAUAGAGUGGAGUGACAGAGAGGAAGAACAAGGCAGCGAUAACUAUGAGAACUCUGAUGGCGAAGAGGGAAGUGAGCCAGCAUGUGAAGAUUGGAGAGACAAAGUCACAUCAGGAGAUGAUGGUUUUGUGACUGUGUCCAGUGGUGCAGACGAAGAUGAAACAGAGGAGGACAGGUUUGAGGAUUGUAAAGAAUUCUGGGAUGGUGGCGAUAGAGAGAGUAUAGUUAGGAAGUCACCCACAAACACUCACCAAAGAGAGGGAGAGAAUGAAACCAGAAUGACCAAAGAGAGAAGUGACCGCACAGUCACUUUCUUUUGUUUGGUUGGUCAAACUCUUCCCAGGUCAGGAUCCAACCAAAACCAACUCUUGAAUCACAUGGAGGAGGAGGAGACCAGUCAGGACACAUCUUGGGAAAUGGGUGUGGUUGGUGGCGAUCAGCAUGAAACACCAAACAGAGACAUGGAGGCAGAAAGCAAGAGCACAGACCAUAGCCAUAGUUUGUCUGAAGAGGACCUGUCGGGCAGCCAUGACACUAUAUGCGAUAAUUCAGAAUCUGACCAAACAUCCAAGGAAGUUCCAUUAUCAGAGGACUUAGCAAUUUGUGUUGAUGUAAUUUCAGAAAAACACAGUGAACAAUACCCAACAGAAUGUAUUGAGCCAGUGACCCAGACUGAGGACCAUGAGGAUACUCAGAUGAAAAUCACAGAUGGAGGUAACCAAGUGGUGGAAGGACAAAGUGAAAUGGAAAAUAAUUGCCAUUUAGAGGAUCCAGAGAGUGUGGUGAAUACAAAUCGCUUCUCUGCUGCUCCACAUGUCAAAUGGGCUAAGAAUGUGCUGAGUGAGAUCCUGGGUUCUACUGAGGAUGGGACCAUGAUUGUACCAGAGCAAAGCACACUUACUGAGCAGGCAGGUGAUGGAGCUCCAGCUGAAGGUGAAAGUCAGGAAGAGUCACCCCUCUAUGGCAUUGUCCAGAAACCCCGCAAGCACAACCACGACAGGAAAAACAUAGACCCCGAGUUACUGCCAGAGGACACAAAGACAGACAUGCUGGUAGGGAAUGAAGUUUUUUUACAGGUAGAGGGGCAUUCAGAAGGCGAAGAAGAACGGGAGCGACUCUCCGCCAGUCCGGACCUGUAUAGUCUCUCCUCCGAUAAUGAGACAGAUAAGGAGGGAAGUGGUAAGAAGGAGAAGAAAAAGAAGAAAAAGAAUGUCUGGGAAAUGCUGGGUUCGAACAGCUUCCGAGAAUUGGGGAAUGAAAUGUGGGGAAGAAGACCUGGGAUCCGAAGAACACUACAAAAACAGAUCCAAGAGGAGACGGAGGGAGAAGGAGCUGGAAGGGACCGCAGAACCCGAGUCUUCGCAACAGAUGAUGAAUACGAUGAUCUAAGUGUCUCAUGGAAUGAAUUAGAUUUGAGGGCUAAUAAAGAAACGCUUAGCAGAACAAAAAUGAGAACCUCAAAAUUUUACAAUUCUCAGUUGUAUCAGCAGUACAGUGAAGUUGUCCAAAACAGGGAGCUCAUUCAUCAGUCUCAUUCUGAGCCUAGCCCGGUGUUGAGGGACAUCCAUGCCUUCUCAGCAUCCUCAUCUCCAGCUCAAUCUCCCAUUCCGGCCCGCCGGCCUCUCCCAGCUCUUCCCCCUGUGCUCCACCCCCAUUCCUUAUCCCAUACAAACGCUUUCUCUAGUGCGAGUGGGUUCUUACCCAUACCUCAUGGCACUCAGCAGAGGCCCCCAUCGCCACUGCUGUCCAGGUCAUUCGCCACCUCGCCCAUGCUGUGGCAAGAGCUCCCUGGAGUGAAGAACAAUCCUGAUCUCAAAGAUCUCACUGAUGACGAGAGACGCCUACAAGAGGUGAGAUUUGAAGUGGUGACGUCUGAAUCAUCGUACUGCAGCAGUCUGGACAUUGUGGUGGAGCAUUUUGUGAAGUGCAAACAGCUCAAUAUGCUCUUGACUUCCCAAGACAAAAACUGGCUUUUUUCCAAACUCAGCGAUGUCAGAGCCGUCAGUCACAGCUUCUUCUCUCAGCUGGAGGAAAGAGUGGAGAGUGACAUAAUGCGCUUCACCGUGUGUGACAUAAUUAUCAAACACUGUCCACGUUUCCGAGCAGUCUAUGUCCCCUACCUCACCAACCAGUCAUACCAGGACAAGACCUAUCAAAGAUUAAUGAAUGAGAAUACUGGAUUUCGCCAAAUAGUGGAAAAGUUGGAGCAAAGUCCCAAGUGCCAAAGACUUCCUUUACGCUCUUUUCUCAUUCUCCCAUUUCAGAGAAUCACUCGACUUAAACUGCUAGUGCAGAAUAUCGUAAAACGGACAGCUCCUAAGACAGUGGAUGAAGCACAAGCAAUAAAAGCCAUGAAAUUACUUGAGAAGAUGAUUCAAGACAGUAAUGACAGUAUAUCUCAGAUGAAGAACAUUGAAUCACUGGUGUCGCUGAAUGCAAAAGUGGACUUUGAGUGCAAGACACUGCCACUGAUCAGUCAGUCACGAAGACUGGUGAAAGAGGGUUUAGUCACAGAGCUAAGAGACUUCACAUUAAAGGAGAAAGAGAGAAGUGCCUAUAUACACCUCUUCAAUGACUAUUUGCUUCUCUCAUUACCCAAAGAAGGUGGUAAGUUUACAGUUAUUGAUCACGCUCCUGUAUCAGAACUGAGAGCUGAAAACUGCAGAGUCAAGCUCCACUCCUUACAAAAGAAUCUCUUUCUGCUGCACGUGGCACAGAGAUCCCUCCUACUACGAGCAGAAACACAGGCUGAUAAACUGCGUUGGAUCUCUGCACUCUCUCGGCCUCAUCCUGAAAUUGACUUCAACGCUGCACAGGACAUUCCACAGAUGCAGUGUAUCAGAGCCUUUGUAGCCCAGCAACCUGAUGAACUCAGCCUGGAGAAAGCUGACGUCCUGCUGGUUCAUCAGCAGAGCACUGAUGGCUGGGUGGAGGGAACACGUCUAUCAGACAGACUUCGCGGAUGGGUUCCCGAGUCUCAUCUGGAAACAAUAGUAUGUGAAAUGGCACGUCAGCGCAACCUGAUAGACACGCUAAAGAUUACAACUGCGACAGCCACAGUGUGAAGCAUUUGCAAGUGUAUCAUUUGGAGUUGCUGAAUCUUACAUCUCCACUCAACAAGUUGAGAAGUCAUGAACAAUAAUGAUGACUACCUGAAAAGCCAAGACAACCACUCCCAGGACGCUAGAUCAGGGAUCUUCAACUUGUCCCAAGCUUUACACUACAUUAAGGUAUUAAUGGAAUCUCUAAUGGGAUUUACUACUUAAGAGGACUUGGGAAUCUGCAAUAAAUAUAUACCUGACUCUUCAAAAAAGAUUUUACAGAUUUUUAUAAAAAAACAUUUCUAUACCCUUGGUGCAUGAGUGCUAGGGAUGAAAUGCGUCCAUGGUGUCUGACAAACAGAGGUCAUGAAACACAGUGUACGUGUUUUGCUUGUACAGAAAAUGGUGUAUGUUUAUAAAUCAGUGUUGUAUUUAGAGCAAUGCACAUUCUUGAGGAACAAGUAUGUUAAAAAUCUUCUUUACAGUGACCACCAGCACAGCAUUAAUAUUCAUAAAAUGAACUUUCUGCUGUACCUCUCGUACUGCUGUACCUCAGAUGGAUUUAUUUUAGAGAUCAAUAUUUUCUGACCUGUUCUACCUGAUGUAUUGGUAGGGAAUAUCCACUGGGAAUAUCCUUUUUAGCUCAAUGGGAAUAAAAGAUAAUACACAAAUAAGUUGUGGGAAAUAUAAUAA